AUGCCCACAUCAAGGAAAAUACGUCGAGAUGGUAACAACAAAGAGGGUAACGCACGUUUCUCGUCGCAUUCAUCAAAAAUAAAUAAUAAAAUUCCCGAUCUGGAGGAAACUACGAAAAAACUUUUACAGUUGGAAUUAGAUUGCGACUAUCAGAUAACGCAAAUCAAUGGACAAAGAAAAUUUGGACCACCUGUGAAUUGGGACGGUCCAGCUCCUGGUCCAACAUGUGAGGUGUUCGUAGGUCGAAUACCACGUACAAUUUUCGAACCCGACUUAUAUCCGGUCUUCAGUCUGAUUGGACGUAUUUAUGAAAUUCGUUUAAUGAUGGAUUUCUCAGGAAUGAACCGUGGGUUUUGUUUUAUAAUGUAUACCAAAGCAGAAGAUGCAUAUAAUGCUGUUAAGAAGCUUAAUUAUUAUGAAAUUUGUCCUGGCCAUAAAAUAGGUGUAGUUAAUAGUAUUAACCACUGUCGGUUAAUUAUAAAACAAUUGCCCUUACAUAUCGAGGCUGAAGAAGUAGUUCAGCGUAUUUACGCUUACACGGAUGAAGUUAAGGAAGUAGUAGUUUAUCGUAACUUCGAUGAAUUAGAAUGUUACGCUAUAAUAAGUUACCUAACUCAUAGAGGAGCCGCAAUAAGUAGAAAACGAUUACUACCCUUAACAUCUUGUUUAUUUUCUAAUAAGAAAGUUAUUAUUGAUUGGGCAAAUCCUACUUUUUAUCCGAAAGGCGUGGUAAGUAUACUUAAAGUAUUAUAA